AUGAGUUUCAUCCAAAAUACAAGUGAGCUUGAGGGCGUUCCUCGCGCCAACUUGGUGCGAGGUGCAGACUCCGGUUCUUAUGCUCGACAGAAUCCUCGACCUGAGGGCACAGAUUUUGGCCACACGCUGCAAAACGACCUUUUCUUUUAUUCCGGGUCCGGCUAUCCCGCCGUCGGGCCAGCAUUUGCUCCUGAGCUCGUGUGGGAGCCCGAGCAGAUGGAUGGCCAUAACGACAUAGCCUGGGAGGAAUGGCUUUAUGACGAUUCACAAGGGGAAGAAUAUGGGGACGUAAAACUCGACGACUUUCGGCCGGUGAAUAAUCCCAUCAACGCGGGACCUUCGUCUGCCACUCAGCAUUUUGGACAACAACACAGGAGUGGGACCUCAAUAGGCAUCGGCAUGGCGCCCGGGGCUGUGAACCAGGUCAACGAAAGACACAUGAUUGUGAAAGAUGCGGCAGGCAUUUCCGCCCUCCUCAGCGACCAGCACCUAAAGAACAUUGACGAGACAUGA